AUGUCUUCUUCUAGAUCCACAAUUAGAGGCUCAGAUGUUCUUGUUAAAAGCGAAGAAUUAGAUGUGGGGUACUGCAAAGAGCAUGGCCGUUCAAAUGAAGCGUUUUGCGAAGAGUGCAGAGUUGUUAUCUGUCCAACCUGCAUAAUGUUUGGGUCUCACAAAGGCCAUUCAGUCCAAUCUCCCAAUUUAGCAUCUCGAUUUAUUAGAGAUAAAAUAGAUAAAACAACAAAAUCUGGAAAACUGAACCCUGAAUACACUGAUAGGUUUUUAGCUGACAUACGAGAUGCGAAGCACAAAGCAAUGACCCUUGAAGAAACCGUUAUCCAAAAAAUAGAUGAAGACUUCAGAAAGCUGAAAACUGCUUUAAAAAAGCGACGAGAAGAGCUAAAAGAGUCUGUAUUUGACCAUUUUGAAACAGAAAUUGAAAAAAUCGCAGAGCAGGAGCGAAAAUGGGAAGAAAAAGAAAGCCUCAGCAAAAUGCUACUUGAAAACUCAAGUAACCCAGACGACGAAGCCCUUGUGAAAAACUCUUUAACCGUAUUAAAUGCUAUUGACAGCUUAAACGAAGACGUAGAGUUCAAAACAGUCAAGCUUAUCACGAGCAUAGACCUCAGCUUUAACUCAGCUGCCCAAGGUGUAAGUUUAGGCUUCUCUCAGCUCAUUCACGGCCUAGAAGAAAUUGGGAAAUUCGGUGACAACAAACAACUUCAAUUCCGAGCAUAA